CAUGAAACAUGUCAUGCAUUCACAGGCACUAUCCCAGCAGGUUACUGAAGGAUUGAAGGGUCAGGAGAAAGGUUACUCAAAUUUUGUUGGUUACGCUUCUAACAAUGUCAUGGAUAUAGAUAAGGGGCAGGUAGCAGAUUUCCAAAGAAGCAUGAAAAGAUCAGAGGAAACACCUUCUAGAGGUGUUAUUCCUGGUCAUGGAUCUAUUACAUCUGCACCCUUUGAUGGUCCAGCUGGUUUUUAUGCUCCAAACAGAACGGCUCAAACAAGUCACAACAUGCUUGAGCUUCUCCAUAAGGUGGACCAAUCAAGGGAUCACAGCACUGCAAAAUCGUUUGACCCUUCUGAUCAUAGUCGAUCAUUUGAGAUGCCAGAGUCAGAAGCUUCGGAAAUAUUUGUUGCUCAUCUUAGGUGCACUCAAUCAUCUGCUUCUCAAGGUUUUGGUUUAAGGUUGGCCCCUCCAUCGCAACGGCUACCUGUUUCAAGCCAUGCGUUUCCAUCUCAGAGUUCUUCACAAGCUAUUAAUGAACAUGACUUGAGGCAUGCUGAUCCAGAGGUAGCUGAGAAGGGUCAGACAUGGUUGGCUACCUCUGCUCCUGUGCAGUCUUUGGCUCAUUCGGAGGAAAUGUCUCAGAGGGAACACUGGGAUAAUAAAACAAGUACUUCAGGACAAGCUGGCAAUGAGAACUCACUCUCUAAUAUGCAGGGAAAAUCUUCUACAUUUACAUCUGCUCGGCCACAUUCAGGAAAUCAAUUUCAAUGUCAAGGUGGACAAGUACCAAAGGAUCACUCUCUAAAUGGUCCUUUUGAUAGCCUUGCUUCUCGUUUAACACAGACAAACAACUCUCAUGACAGAGUGGCAUCUGAUCAAUCUGCACAAGCAUCAUUGCCUGGUGCAAGUGGCAGGGUGGUACCUUUCAACCUUGGUUCCUCUGCUGAUACAGCCAAACCAGUCAGCACAAGCUCUUCUUAUCUUAGAGUUUCAGGCCAACAGCUCCCAGCAUUGGACUCUGUCCCUGUUUCUCAGCCAUUGGUUACAUCAGGCAUAUCUCAGCAGGAUGCCUUCUCAAAAAUGUUGCAUAACGUGUGGAACAAUGUAUCGAGUAGGCAGCGUCCGUCUUCUAGUCAUCCUCACAAGGUUCCUACCAGUUUGUUUCCAUUCAUCAACCCAUCCAAUAAUAAUCUGGAAACAACUUCAUGGGCACAAAAACCAGGUGAUCAGGAUGUCAAGAAAGGAGUAAAUAAUUCCCUAGAAUUUGGUGCAGGUUCUAUUAAUCCUCAAGGAUUUCCCCACAGAGAAGAACAACCAAGGAAAGAAAGCUCCUGGAGACAAGUACCGUCUGAGAAUGCUGAGCUGGCUCCACAGACAGUGGCUGCAUCUCGAAGCCAAGAUUCUGUGGCAAAGCAGCUAUUGGAUGCAAAUUCUGUUGCUGCUUCUUCAAUGUUGGCUCAUAGACAUCAACAGGAGAUUGAUAGAGGAAGGAAUGGGAAGGAUCCAGUUGUGAUCUCACAGACAGAGCAAACAUCCAUCCAGAACCCCUCUUCUUCCAACAGAGAUGUUGAAUUGCUUGGCCGUUCUUUGACACCAUCAAAUGUUCAUCAGAAUUACUCCCUGCUGCACCAAAUGCAGGCAAUGAAGAGUGUGGAGACUGAACCUAGUAAGAGGGCUCUGAAGAGGCUCAAAGGACCUGAUUUUGGACCAGAUGGUCAGCUGGUGGCUACCAUGGCAGGACAACAGUUGUUAUAUGGAUUCAAUGAAAUGGUCAGAGAUGCCGUACAUAAUGAAAUGAAUUCAGCAGCCCGGAGUAGCCCGUUUUCAUCAGGAGAUACCAAAAUGCUUAGCUUUUCAUCAGAGGUGAGGGAUGAUGCAAAUGCAAAUGUAGAUACCCAGCUUAUUCCUUCCGAGGAUAGGGUCACAUUUGGUCGAAAUGAUUCUCAGAAUCAUUCUAGUAGUAUCAACAUACCAUCAACUAGAGUUGAACAUUCAAAGAUAAGUCUACAGAUGGCACCCUCAUGGUUUGAACAGUAUGGAACCUUCAAAGACGGGCAGAUGCUGCCUAUGUAUGAUUCGCGGAGGACUGCAAAGAUUGCAGCUCAACAGUUCUUCUUUGGAAAGCUUUCUGAGAGUUUGCCUAUGCACACCCGAACGGAGCAUGUAAAUGCUGCUGAUGCCACUCAGAUGUCACGGAUCAGAGUUUGA